AUGGGGUGUAAUCGCUGUCCUCAUCCUACAUGUGAACAUUCAUUAAUUAAUAAUGGAGUCUGUUCAUGCCAAGUAAAUUCAUGUAAUGGUAGAAUGGUAUUAGAUGCAACGUCAGCACCUAAGUGGAAAUUAUCUUGUAAUGUAUGCAAUUUCGUUUCCGUAUUUACAGAUAUGGUUAAAGGUGUUUCCAUAUCAAAAGAUGAAUAUUGUGAAAAUGAAGAAUGCAAUUCUCGCUUAUUAAAAAUUGAAUUUCGAGAAAAUCAAAAUAAGAGACCUUUAAAAGGAUGUAUUUUAUGUGAAGACGAAAUCGCUGAAUUAUUAGAAAACAA